UUUUUGCCAAGUCUUAUCCAUAUGAAUCCAAGUUUACGUAAAGACUUGGAGAGUAGAAGGAAGGUAUACUAAAAUAAGGCUAGACUAAAGGAAAAAGUUUUGAUGACUAAGAUAGGGUUGAUCUUGAGGCACCAACAAUUUUUCUUAUCCUGGUCUGGUCAACUUUCUAUAACAGGUAUGUGAUAAUUUGAGAGGUUUAGCAGUAAGAAAAAUGGAUAGUAGUCUCCACGUGUAGAAAAUGAGCCCUCAAAUAUAUGUCCAUGGUGUGCAAGAACCCCGGAACCAAUUGAUUUACCACUCUUCAUUCUGGGUUAAAUUUCUGCCUAUUAUUUAUUAACCAUAGAAGAACAAAUAUAAAAGCAGAGUUAUUAAAAAAUCUGACGCAAAUUGGAAUACAGGGAGGAAAAAAAAGUCAGAGAAAAUGCCUGAACGUACGUACAAACAUAUUGAUGUUGCAAGAAGUCCUACCAGCAUCGCUAGUGUGGAACAUUUCCUCCGAAGUGCAGCCGGGGAUUCUUCUAGAAUGUCACCAACUAGCUCUUCCCCUUCCUCUCCUAUGAAGCAACAGGACCUGGAAGAUGACCAAGGCCUCUAUCAGAAGAAAUCAGUCCUCACCAAAGUGAAGCAAAAGGCCAGGAAAUUGUGCUACAGCCUCAGCAAGAAAAGAAUAGAGGACGACAAUGUCACACCCUCUAGUAGAGCUAGGUUUGCAGAUGAAGGGGAGGAGGAGGAAGAAAUUGAAGAAGAAGAACAAGAAGAAAAAGACGCUGAAUACCUUGGAGCUCCUAUGUAUGAAUCGGAGCAGGCACCUGAGACAUACAAAGAAAAUGCAAGGCAACAUCCAAGAGCAAAUCCAGUAAUCUCUGAGAAGCACGUUUUGCAUAACGCUGUCAAACUAGGAAUGCAGGAAGAUCAAAAGCCAAAUGCUGCUGUCAAUCACAAACUCACUUCAACAACUCAACCUGAUACUGCAACAACAGUGGCAGCAUCUUCACCCAACGCCUCUGAAACCUUAGCUCAGAAAAUGACACCUGCCUAUGCUGCAGGGUCGCCUGCAGCCAAUAGCAUCCCGUCCCAAAAUUCAUCUGUUUCAUCAUCUCGGCUGCAACAUUCAUUUUCCUCGUCUGCUUCACAGAGUAGGAAGAAUACAAGCCAAAAUGUUCCUUCAGUCAAUGAUUAUUUGAAGAACAAGUCUGAAAAAGAGGAUGAUGCCAAAAUUGAGUCUCCAAAGCAAGAUUUGUCAUCUUCGUCUGCUUCAAAGAGUGGGAAGAUUCCUCAAAAGACUUAUUCACUCAAAGAUUAUGCAAUGAACAGGUCUGAACAAAGGAAUGAUGCCACAAGCAUGAUUCCAUUGCAAAAAUCAUCAUCCUUCUCAGUUGCUUCAUUGAGAGGGAAAAACACAGGCCAAAAGAGUGCUUCGGCCAAAGAUUAUUCAAUGAGCAAGUCAGAGCCAAGGGACGAUGAAAAAACUGAAUCUCAGCCUCAGGUGACACAUGGAGAAAAUGGUCCAAGUAAUUCAGGCAUGAUGGACAAGGUGAGAGGAGCUGUAAAUUCAUUUCUCGGGAAUGAGGAGCCAUCAGAAGAAUAUGGAGUCAAAAUUCCUACUACACGCACUUCAUCACAAACUCAAGGUAAAACAAUCAUUACAAAUGCACCGUUCUGCCAUAUAUCCUAUAUAUCAUAUGAUACUAUCAUCUUUUUUUUCAUGCAAAGCUCUUUUUUCACUACAUAAAAUCCAUAAUAUUCAUGUGAUAUCACAGUACAUUUUGCAGUUGGUGAGGAUGAGAACCGUGGGAGAAUUCUACAGGCAAAUUAAGUUCUCCAACCAUCGCCUUCAUGCAACUUUGUAUAUUACUA